AUGGAUUACGAUUAACUAAACUCAUAUGGAGGUGAUGUUCAAGAAGAACCAUCAGUUAAUCCAGACGGAUUCUUUAAUGACUUAACUAGUCAAAAUGCAUGUUCAGUUAGAGUAGCAGUAAGGGUUAGGCCUUUAGUCGGUAGAGAACUCUAUGAAGGUGGGCAAAGAACUUGUGUUGACGCAGAUGAAACCUAAGGCAAACUGCAGAUAGGGGAAAAGAACUUUUAGUUCGACAGAGUCUUUUCGUCAGCUUGUCCUUAAAAUGAUUUGUUUGAAGUAUGCGGAAGAAAUUUAGUCUUAGGGUGCUUCGCUGGGUAUAACGCUACUAUUCUUGCCUACGGUUAAACAGGUAGUGGUAAAACUCACACAAUGGGAACUGGUAGUACUUCUGGACUUUCCGAAGAUCAAGUAGGUAUAGUUCCUAGGGUUUUCAAGUUUAUAUUUGAAGAGCUAGAUAGAAGAAAAAAGCUAUCAUCAUUUUCAGAAUUUACAAUAAAAGUUUCGUUUUUGGAACUUUACAAUGAAGAGUUACAUGAUCUCCUAGAUCCUGUUAUGCACGGAAACACAGCUUCUAAAUCAACAAAAGAAUUACUAAUCAAAGAAAAAAAUGGAAAUAUUUAUGUCUAGGGCUUGAAAGAGGACCCUGUAUCUAGUAAAGAGGAAUGUACUAUGUUGCUGAACAAAGGUAUAUCUCAUAGAACAACUAGUGCUACCUUAAUGAACGAGGGGUCUUCAAGAUCGCAUGCUAUUUUUACAAUAGCCAUAGAAUAAAGAAUAGUAAAAGAAUUUGAAAUUCCAACUGACGUUGAUGGAAUAGUUAAAGAGGAAGCACCAGCUGCUGGAUAAUAAGAAGAGCUAAUUUCAGCUAAAUUUCAUUUCGUUGAUUUGGCAGGUUCCGAGAGAAUCAAAAGAACUGGAGCAACAGGACAAUUACUAAAAGAGGGCAUCUCAAUUAAUAAGGGUUUAUUAUGUCUUGGUAAUGUCAUCGCUGCACUUACUGAGGAUUCCAGAAAAUAGACUCAUAUUCCUUAUAGGGAUUCUAAGCUCACCAGAAUUCUUCAGGACUCUCUUGGAGGUAAUUCUAGGACUACAAUGAUUGCUUGUGUAUCUCCAGCAGAGACUAAUUAUGAAGAGACUUUAAAUUCUAUUAAGUAUGCUAGUAGAGCUAGAAAUAUCAAGAAUAAACCAGUUGUUAAUAGAGAUCCAAACUCAAUGCUAAUCGAUUCUCUAAGAUAAUAAAUUAGCAAUCUUUAAGGAGAGGUCAAGGAUGAGAGGCAAACUCCAACCAAGAUUAUUAAUCAUGCUGAAUAAAGCUAAGUAUCUGGUUCGAUCAAUCAUCAGGAGAUAAGAGAACUUAAAAUAAACUUAUCGAGAAAGGAAAAAGAACUGAAAGAACUUAAAGAAUAACUUGCAGAUGCUUUAAACAAAAGUAGCUUAAAAGAUUAGUAGAUUGCUUAGCUUACCUAAGAAAGAGAUAAUCUAAGAAUUGAUAAUGAACUUCUCAAUAUGUGUGUUAAAGAAAAUGGUUUAGAAGUUUCUGGAAUGAAUAAUACAUAGUAAAGUGUGAGCAUCAUUGAUGAGUAUAAGACUAUGCUAGCUUAACUUUAGAGAGAUUUAGAUAGAAAGGAUAAAGAAUUGUAAGAGUAGAAUAACAAAGUAGCGAAGCUGCUCUUGCAAACAUAGAAUGACUAAGAGAUAAUGAAAAAGCAUUUAGAAGAAAAUCAAAGACUAAAGAGACAAAUUAAGAGAAAUGACGAUUCCGGCAUGAAUACUGGAAAUUCACCCAAUAGAAACGUCUCUCACCAAAAUACUGGCAAAUUUAAGAUGAAUGUAUAGCAUACUAAAACUGAAACAGAAAAUGAUUUAAAGAAGCAAGUAUCAUAAAAGAAUGAUUUAUCUAUUCCAUCUGAUCUUAAUGACAAGUUUAUUAACAACUUGGCAAAUUGUGUGCAAAACAUUUUCCAGACUGCCGAUGAUGAUUCAAAGAAAAACUAAGAAGAAGAGCAAUUAAAUCUGGGAUCUAAUGAAGGUGCAGUUGUUAAUUAGGAUGCACUGAAUGAAGAGAAAUAAGCACAAGCAUAGUAGAUCUAAGAAUAAGAAAAAAUUCUUGAUGCUAUUAAGAGUCAUGCUAAGUAGAUGUAGGACGAAUUGGUUGAAUUAAUGAAAAAUGAAUAUGAAAAGAAGAUUCAGGACAUUGAAAAAGAGAAGUUGAGAGUUGAUAAUGAAAGAUAGGAUAACUUGAAAAAGGUGUCACAAAGUGAUGCCAAAUAAGCCUAGGUUAUUGAUUAACAAUAUAAGCAGAAGAUGGAAGAUCUGAAUAAAUAGUUGGCUUCAUUCAAGGAUAAGGAGAAGAAGCAGGAUCAAGUCUCAAAAUAAGUUAAUGCUCAAAUGUAAAAGAUUAGAACACUUGAAGAGGAUCUUAAAAAGAUGAAGACAAAGGAAGAAGAUUUGGAAAAGCAAAGGAAAAAUGAAUCUCAGAAGUAUAAUCUUCAAAAGUAAAAUUUAUCAAAAGAGUUAGUAUAAGCAAAGAAGAUUGCAAAUGAAAAAGAAAAGGCAAUGUAAAAGCUUAAGCUUGACUUAAAGAAAGUUGACUAACAAGCUCAAAAGAAGAUAAGUGAGCUUAAGGGAUUCCAGAAGAAGGUAAUGGAGGAAAGAUUGAAAAGAGAAUAGGAAAGAAAAGAGGAAUUAGAGAGCAAAGGAAUAGAUAUUGAUAGAAUAAAGAACUGGAUUACAGAAAAUACUAAUAAAAUGCUGGAGCACAAGGAAAUUACUGAUUAACUAGAACAACAAUUAAGUAAGAAAGAACAAAUUGAAGAAGAGAUGCUAAUUGAAGGAGAGAAAUUAACCAAUCUUAUGAUUGAAAAAGACAGAAUGGAAUACGAAAUACAAUAACUUUAAUUAGAAGAUGAACCUGAUGAAGGCCGUAUUCUUGAAUUAGAAGAAGAACAUUAUCAAAAAUCUUAUGAGAUUGAUCAACUUACUGAGAGACUUGAUUCAUAAGAUGAGACCCUUAACUUUGUAAACAACAAAAUAAAUGGACUCACUGAAGAAGCAUCUGCAAUCGACGUUGAUAACAUUGAGCCAAUAAAAUUCAGUGGACUACAAUCGGUUGAGGCAGCCAAAGUUACUCUUCAAACUUUCUUCAGUGUUCUACUUAAUCUAAAUAUCUAUAAUAGAGAUUUAGAAAUGAAGUGCAUUGAGUCUGAUGAAGCUAUUCUUGGCUUAAAUGAAAAGAUUGGCUUGUUGUAAGCAAGACUAACAGAGUUGGCACAAAAUACAGGCCAAAAACUAGAUCAAGGAAUGGAUAAUGGUCAAAACAAUAGAAUUUAAAACCAAAAUAAGGACAAGGCAAUUAAAAAUAUUGUUGAGACUCUUGAUGGAUUUGUUGAUUACUAAGAUGUUAAGAAUCUUAAUCUGACACCAAACGAAUAGAAUUCCCUUACUAAGCUUUCUCUUAGUAAAAUUGUUAGCAAUCUAAAGUCUAAGUUAAGAGAAGAGGAGAAUAAAAAUCAGAAUUUGAGUCAUAAAUUGGAGUAAGCAUUGAGUGAUAAAGAGUAGCUUAAAUUAAAGUUUGACAACCUUAAGAAGAAGACUAAGGAUGAAAAGAUUCUCAAGUAGCCACUUAACAUGAGAGGAGAUUAACAAGACAAGGCAUAAGAUAAAGAUAAAGAGAGAGAAAAAGAAAAGGAAAAAGAAAAGGAAAAGGAAAGAGAAAACAAAUUCUCAAGUCUUGCCUAAGCCAGGGAAAGAAGAAAGCAAGUUUUGAACCCCAAUAAUUAGUCGACAUCAACUGUCCAAACAGCUGAAACAAAUGACACUGGCUUAGAUAUCAUAACUAUACCUAAAUCUAGCGGAGGAACAUCCAACCUGCACUUAAAGUAUAAGGCUAAGAUUCAGCAGCAAAGACCAUCCUCACAGAUGGACAUAGAUGCUUCAAUGAUCAAGCAGCCGGCUGGAAGAAAUCAGGGAUUAAAUGGGUAAGGAUCAAUGAAUAUGAGCAGAGGAGGUUAAUCUAGAAAAUUCGGAAACUCAGUAGUAGAACCCUCAGAGUCAGACAAGGACUAAAUUGUGAAUACUGAGAAAAAGCAUCCAGCAUUCUUAAAGAAAUCGCCCAAGAAAAUGGAGUCUGGACGUCUUCAAGGUUAGCAGUAGCCAGAUCCUUAUUUCAUAAGAAAGUAACUUGUCCCAAUUAAUGAGUACAAGCCUCCAUCUCAAAAGCAGUAGCCAUAGUAAUAACCUCCAGUAAAGAUUCCUAACUUCAAGGAUAGAAGAAACCAAAGAAAAAUGGAAAACACUGAUGAUGGUGAUAAAAUUGAGCCAGAUAAGGUUCUUGAGAUUGAUAUCAUCAAGGAGCAGACUUCCUAGAUAACUUCUGGCCAAGCUCAUAAAGAAAGAAGACAAUCGAGAAUGAGAGCAUUUUCCAAGAGAGGAUUCAGCAGCAACAAGACAAAAAUGCAAUCAAGCCUGCAUCAGUAAUAUCAGAUUGCAAACAUUAAUUAGCAAGCAUUCAAUGAUCCUUAUGGAAAUUAAUUAGGAAACUUAAGAGAUGUAGAUAUCAUGAUAAAAUCCCCAAGAAUAGAGGGAGAUAACUAAAGACCUACAAUGGAUUUGGAAUAUGGCUCAGAGUACUCAAAUUAAAUAGAUUAAAUAAUGACGCCAAGUAGAGAUAUGAGAAAUAAAUGGAGUUAUGAAGAAUUAGCUCAGAUAGAAUUCUAGGGCCAAAGACUUAUCGGUUGUGACUACGCAGAUGAAAAAAUCAUAAUGGUAUUUGAAGACUUCUCAAUCAGAGAAAUAAGAUUAGAUACAUCUGAAGAAAUUUCAAAUUUCAAUGUAUUCUUCCACAACUAAAUAAAUCAUACUGGAGAGUUAGUAGUCGAUUUUUCUCUUGAUAGAGACCUAAACGCGAUUGCUAUUACUAGUGAUAGAACUGUAUAUGUCUUUGAUUAUCAAGAAGGGUUCAAAAUGAUUACAAGAAUUGAGGUUGAGAAUAUUCAACAAGUACUCUUCUGUUAGCUGAAUGUAGUUGUCCUUGUAAAGAUGGGAGAAGUAUCUUAUGUCGUAUCUUAUCAAAUUGGAGAUGAUGAACCAAUAGAACAAGCCUCUUUUGAGAUUUAAACUGCUGGCUAUCCAGCAAUACUUAAGACAGAUAAUAUGAAUAUCUUCUUUUCAACUGGCAUUACAGUAGGUAGGCUUGAGAUGCCAGAAUUGACUCCUACAUUUGCAAUUGAAACUGAACAUUCAGAUGUUAUUAUUAACUUUAGCGUUUCUCAGUUUGCAAUAGUCACUACAUCAAGAGAUUCUAGUUUAAGAUGCUAUUCAAUUGAAACAGGUGAGUCGACUUAGGAGGCUAUGAAUGAUAUGGACUGCGAUUAUCUUGAAACAGACAGUGACUUUAUUUUGACAAGAUGUGGUAUGGGUUAGGCCUUCCUUAUUUGGAAAUAUUCUCCAUUCAAGACAGAAUUAGAGUUGAUUGAUGAAAUUCCCAUCGAAUAAUUAGACUAUGAAGUAUUAGAUUUCAAGAUGAGAGGAAAGAUAGUAGCAAAAUUCAACAAAAUUAGAUACAACUUAAUACUAUUAGUCACUAGUGUUUCAGAAGGAUUCUUAAUAAAUACUCUCAAGCACAAGCCUUUAUCAGAAUAUUGA